GUGGUUGGUACCUCAUGGAGGAGGGAUCUUUGUCUUCAUUAUCUGUGUCUAGAAUCUAUGUACGAUACAAGGCUGAACAGACUAGUAGUAUUAGGUGGAGCUCUAUAGGUACGUACGUGUCUUCAAGACCAAUCAUGCCCCUGGUGAUUGACAUGCAGAAGAUCACAGGCUCAGUAUGGGCCUUAUUCCAGGAUUCCAGUGGCAAAGUUCUCGAUGAAUACUCCGUCAGAAAGUGGACCUUCCAUGAGGGCAUUUGCCCUGAGGUUAGAGGUCGAGUGUGGAAGUUUCUGCUUGCCUAUUAUCCAUUCCUGUCAACAAGAGAAGAGAGGGAACAGAUAGACACAGAUAAGAGACUGGAGUACCAACGGCUAGUGGACACCUGGCAGUGUGGGGUUAUUCCCGAUGGUGUCGCAGAUUACAUCAGAGUCAUAGGCAAGGACUGUGUGCGUACUGAUAGAAGCCACGCCUCCUUUAAAGGAAGCGGACCAGAGGCCACUGAGAACAUUAGCAUUCUCAACAGAGUGCUCACCACCUUCUGUGUCUACAACAUUGACCUUGGCUAUGUUCAAGGUAUGAACGAGUUUCUGUCACCACUGCUGCUGAUGCUGGGUUGUGAGCAUCAAGCGUUCUGGUGUCUGGCAGAGGUCAUGAGGAGAAUGACUCACGUGUUUUCUGAUUUAACUCUCUCUCAACCUCUUUCUUCCGUGGCUCGGCUCUGUUACUAUGCCGACACACAGCUGCACAAUCACAUCGAUGGUAUCCAUGGAGAUGAUGACUGGAUGUUUUGUUACAGGGGUGUUUUGCUGAACUUCAAAAGGGAGUUUUCAAUGGAAGAUGUCAUCUCUCUCUGGGAGAUUAUCUGGUGUGAUCAUCUUACGAAGCAUUUCCAAUUAUUUAUGGCCGUGGCAAUCCUUGUACACUACAAGCAAGAACUCCUCUUGUGCAAGACAAUUGAAUCGUUUAUGCAAUUUGCGAUGAGCCUGUCUUGUAAUGCUCCCUUGGGCUCCAUUCUAACGAUAGCGAGAGCGUUGGCUGAGCAACUCAAGGGAGAGGAGUACUGUCCGUACGAACUAAGGUACCUUGUGAGUGACGAGGGGUGUGCCCCUCCCCCUCUAGUCGGGUUUGUCAGAACACGACAGCGGAUCUCCACGCUCUACUCCAACAAGAUCAGUAGAAGCACCAUUUGGAGGUCCUUGUUUGGCGACCACCCCAUCACCUCUCCCUUCAUGCUCUCCCCCACUACCCCUACAAACAAUGCCACACUCAAUCUGUCAGCACCUUUCCCUAAUGGUGCUCAAAACACAUCUGGACAUAACAAGUCUGUUACCAACUCUAAAACACUCGAUAUCACUCAAAACGUUGGUGCUACCAGAAACAGUCAAAGUACACCUGGCUCAAAAACUCCUAUUCAUAAUGAAUCAAAUGUUGGGCCUCCACCAAAACUCGGUUUUGUGCCUAGGAAUAUGUUUCCUAAGAAUUCUUCAAACACUUACGACACAAGUCUGGAGGUUUCAGUGAGAUAUCGAGCCGCCAUUGAAGGGGACACUCCAUCACAGAAUCAAGUACAUGAAACCCAGUAUACACCCCAAACUUCUCCACUCCACAACUACCACCCUUCAAGUUCUAUGACACCCAAUAACUAUGGCACCAGUCAGGCAGCACACCUCUCCCCUCAAGUACCAUUCACCCCGCCAACCAAAUCAACUGGACUACAAAAUCACACACACCCUCUCAGUAGUGCUCCUGCUCUACUGGAAGCUACUCCUGUGUUGUACAACCCAGCAAGUACAUUUAACGCAGGAGUCUUGGCACACUCCACGCUACACGAUGGAAGCAACACAAUCGAACUUGCAGAAGCUCAUAAUUAUGAAGACAACUGUAGCACUCCGUACGCAUACAAUGGAAGUUUAGAUCAGAGAAGGAAAGACUCCAAUAGUGAUGUAAUUCAUUACGAUCAUCGGAGCGAGACGUUAUCAGGAGGUGUGUUUGAUGAAGGGGCAUGGCAAGGGUCAGAGUUCGACCAGCUACGAUCUGAACCGUCAUUGCUUGUUUAGCCUCUGUGUUUACCUUACAUAUAACUUAUUUCGACUCAUAGACAUGGGAAGCUAUAUAAUAAUUAUAUAGACCAUAUAUAGUUUUUAGACAAUUGCACUAUUACAUUGUGAGUAUAAUUUAUUUAUAAUUUGCUUUUCACGAACUGACAAAUCAUUGUGAAAAUUUAGAAAAAUUAAAA